CAUUAUCAGCAUUGGUAUUGGCUCCAACAGCGAGGUUGAGUGAUGACAUCAUGGGGGCCUCAGAGCAGAGCAAUCAGACGCCUGACCCUACCCCAGGGCAGGAAGCAUGCUACAUCGCCAGCUUGGACCUUGGCACUACCACUCUCAGGUGCUACAUUUAUGAUAAGACCCUGCGGGUGUGCGGCAAAGCAGAAGAGAAGGUGACCCUCCUGUACCCCAGCCCUGAAUGUGUUGAGAUGGACCCCAAUGAACUCUGGGAGAAGUUUGUGAAAGUCAUAAAUGCUGCAAUAUCUUCGGCAGGCCUUAACGCAGGGAACAUACGCUGCCUUGGCCUGAGCACACAACGAGCCACCUUUAUCACUUGGGACCGCAGAACAGGUGAAACACUGCAUAACUUCAUCACCUGGAAAGACAUUCGUGCUGAUGCCUUAGUCACUCGGUGGAAUUCCUCGUGGAAGAUGAAGGGGAUAAGAUUUGUCGGGUCCAUCCUUUACAAAAUACUAAGGAGGAAGAGGUACAUGGCUGCUAGUGUUCUGAGAUUUAUGAAUAUUCAGGUAAACAUGAGACUGAAAUGGGUCCUGGAGAACAACGAGCAAGUUAAGAAGCUGGUGAGAGAAGGCAAUGUCAUGUUCGGUACCAUUGACUGCUGGCUGAUCUACAAGCUGAGUGAGGGCAAGAUACAUGCGACAGACUACUCCAAUGCUAGUGGGACAGCCUUGUAUGAUCCCUUUAUAGAAGACUGGAAUGCCUUCUUCCUAAGCUUAUUGAAUAUCCCAAGGAAUAUUUUCCCAGAGCUUCGAGACUCUGUGGGAGACUGGGGUUUCUGCCCUGCCAAGUUGUUUGGGGCACCUAUACCCAUUACUGUUGUGGUGUCAGAUCAAGGUGCAUCACUGUGCGGAUCCUGUGGUUUUAACCUUGGAGAUGUGAAAAUCACUCUAGGCACAGGUGCCUUCCUAAAUGUCAAUACAGGCAAUGAUGCCCAUGCAUCGGUGAAAGGUAUCUAUCCAGUUCACGGUUGGAAAGACAAAGAAGGUUUGGUACACAUGGCAGAAGCUUCGUCCAAUGACAAUGGAACGGUCGUCGAAUGGGGGCAGAUGAUCGGCCUCUAUGAUUCUCCUUCUGUGACAGCAGACCUGGCAUUGUCUGUGAAAGAUUCAAAAGGAGUGUUCUUUAUCCCGGCCUUCCAGGGGAUACAGGCGCCCCUAAAUGAUGCCAAUGCUACUGGGGGCUUCUUAGGCCUCAGUGCUGAUACCAGUAAGGCGCACCUCGUCCGAGCUAUGCUAGAGUCCCUCGCAUUCCGAAUAUACCAGAUGUAUAGUGCCAUGCUUAAAGAAGCUGACUAUGAACUUCUAAGCUUAAGGGUGGAUGGGGGUGUUGCACAGAAUGACUUCCUGCUUCAGAUGAUCGCCACACUGACUGGGAAGCCUCUCGAGAGACCAAAAUCCAUCGAUGGGACUGCUUUUGGCUGUGCUUUUCUUGCAGGAAUGGGAGCAGGUAUUUGGAAGUCAAGGGAUGAGCUUAUCCCUCUUCGCCAGGUAGGAAGGACGUUUCAGCCGCAAAUGGACCAGCAGCCUCAGCUCUUGCAACAGAUGAAGGAAUGGGAGAGAGCUCUGCAGCGCUUCACAAAGUGGCACAAUAAUAGCAGCUCAGAGAAUGGUGUAAGAUACGAGGGUAGCAAGUUGGCUGUGGACAAUGGAGAAGCUGGCCCCUGCUACAGCAAGAGCCACAGAGGCAGGCACUUCAGCAGUGAAUGCGAUGCAUCUAUCCUUCACCACGGGAAGAGCCAAGAGGAUGGGUUUUAUCUCCUCCAUAGUGGUGUAGAGAAUAGAUGCAGUGUCUUUGUCUGUGGCGCUCUGUUCAUCCUCUUUCUUAGUAUCGCUAUGUAUGGGUAAUAUUAGGUUCAGACUGUGAUAAUGGGUGAUGACAAUUUUUUAUUUUUGAGAUUUUACAAGAUAUGCACAUGUACACGCACACACAAACACUACACAUGCACAGAUAUACCCACACAUAGGUAUUUUUAUUUUUUUGUUAAACAAGCAGGCAAAUCUUUUGUAAUCAUUUGCUCAGUAAUAUGUUAAGUUAUACAGGUAAAAGACAUGGCGAUUAGUCAGUGAUUGCAUUGCCAUAGCAUGGGCCUAAAAUAUGCGUAAAAAUACAGUAUAAAUGUAAUUGAAAAGUUUCUCUGUAUUGAAGGUAUGUGUGUCGUUAUCACUGUUGUUUAGAGGGUGCAUAAUACUCUUGGAGUGAGUUUAGCUUUUGUUUCUUAUUUGAUUUACUUGUCUUCCCAAAGGGAAAAAAAGACACUAGAAAAGACAUGUAUGAAUUUGUUUUUGUGAAUGUAUUGGGAAAAAAGGGCCUGGUGAUGAUUAAAUAUAGUAGUGCUAAAGUUCAGAAUAGGAUCGGUGCAAGAAACAGUUUAUUAUGGCCAUUUUUUUAAAUGUUGAUAAAGCCAUUGUGUUUAGCAAAUAAUAGUAUCAAAAUCAGUCAAUACACCAUUGCUUUAAAAAGUUGAUAUGACAUACAGCUUUCUCGCCCUCUUUCACUCUUCCUUCCCUCUCUUCUCUCUCUUCCUCUCUUCUUUCCCUCUCCUUCUCUUCCUCUCUUCUUUCCCUCUCUCCCUUUCUCCUCCCUUUUUCUCUCC